AUUCGCAGAAUUCUGUGGAAUGAUUUUAAAUGUUUUUAGAAGAUAUUAGAGAAUUUAAGAUAUAAAUAUUACAAAAUUGCAUCUAAAAUAAUUUCUUUUUAAUAUAUAUAUAUAUAUAUAUAUACAUAUCAAUGCCGCUUACAAACUAAAUCUCACUGAACGGGUGCGUUUUAUUGCAAUGCCAUGAGGUAAAAGUCAUGGCAGUGCAAAAACCUCCUCAGGUCUGACCGUCUGACAUUGCGCCAGUCUGAUGUGCGCAAAAAAAUCACCAAUCACUGUUCAUGUCAAUCUUACAUCAGUUUAAAGAAACAGUAAUAUAUAUUUUAAAAGGGACUUUUUAAAUAAGUCAGAUUUCAAAUGUAUUCGAGUACGAGUCGAGGCCGAGUCAAAAUGCUCAAGAGUCCAUGACAAGCCCAAGACCAUUAAAAUAUGGUCUCGAGACCGAGUCAAAGACUGAGUCCGAGUCUCGAGUACUACAACACUGUGUGCUUGUCAAUGAUGGGCACUAAAUCUGCGGGCGCGGAUUCCGUUUGGCCCUGGUCAUAACAUAGUUUUGUGUGAGGUACAGUAAAAACCAAUCAUUAUUAACUGAUAAUUGUCUUCCUCAUCAAUACAUAUAUCUUUUCUGUUUUUUUUUUUUUUUUUUUGAAAAAAUACAGGGUUGGAACAACACACACACACAAAAUUCCAAAAUAAACUUUUAAGAUGUUUAUCUUUAGGCUAAAAUGUUUUAGGUGGUAUUGCAAGUUUCCUGCCUAUGAUGUCAUCAUCACUCCCCCUGUAGAGAAUUACAAGACCGUAAGCUGUAGUUUACCACAAAUGCAUGCACAUCGUGAUGAAAAAAUGCAUAAAAAUUCAUAAAGCUACAUUCACUGCACCUGUUCACUACUUUAUAUCUUUCUUUAUAUGUCAGCGUUAAAGGAAAGAAUCAGGGUAGUGAUUGAAUGAGUGAGUGAGACACGAAGUGUGUGUGACUAUAUAUGUGUGUGGGUGGUGGAAGAUAAACCACACUGCAGGACCUUUUAAAAAACUCUUCUGCAGCCAGUCUUCUCAAGACAAACCCAUCUUCGUCUUGACACCAUCACACACGACUCUGAGCCUUGCAGAUAUGAGCGGCAACAGAUACGGCCAUUCAUCUCCUCCAAUGUUCCUGGUGGAUUCUGGUGGAGGUCAUCCCAGAGAACAUCAGUAUUAUCAUGAGCAGGUGCUUGGGCAGGGAAAUCCACCCCUGGUGCCCUGCUGGACGUUCCCUCCUGCUCGAGCCAAGAUGAAGAGAAGGGGAAUAAUGAACAAAGGAAUGACUUGGGUAUUGGUUAUGAUACUUCUGUUGGUUUUUGCGGCCUUGGGGCUCGGAGCCUACCAGAUCCUGAGGUUACAGAAUCAAGUGGAGAGACUUACACAGGAAAUGCCUGCACAAGGUGAAAGCAUCGCUCAACAGAAGCAAGUUGGCCUACCUGCUGAGUUGAUCAAGAUGAAAGAAAAUACAGCCGCACAUUUAAUCGGCCGUGCAGACCAGCGCUCAUCAUCCGGAACUCUGAAAUGGGAAACUAAACUUGGUGGGGCGUUCACAAAUGGCAUCCAGUACAUCAACGGCGGUCUUCAAAUCAAUGAGACUGGUUACUACUUUGUUUACUCCCGCGUGGAGUUUUUGUUAUACACAUGCAGCCACAAAGACUCUCACACCCACACGGUUAGUAGGCUAAGACACGGGCAAAAUCGAACCAUCAUGGAGGACCACCAAGAGGGCUUCUGUAUGCCGUCGAGCAAGCAGAAACGGAUGACAGGAAGUCAUCUGAGCUCUCUUCAACGUCUCCAAGAGUCAGACUGGCUAUUCGUUAAUGUUUCACACCCACAAUUGCUCAGCAAAAAUGUUGAGAAUAAUUUUUUUGGCCUUUUUAAGAUCUACUGAUGCUUGGGAAGAACUUUAGUUUAGGUCAAGAGGUUAUAGUAGGGUCUUAUCUAUCCUAAGAUAACCUCAGCAUCCAUGCAUUCGAUGCAGUGGGACCUGUUUGCUUGGCAUUGUCGAAUCAUAUUUGAUUUCGAUCAGAAUGUAUCUGUUGCCUGUGUUCAAUAAGUUCUUGUUUUGUAAAAAGAGGAGAAAAGUUUUGCAAAAGAGAUUUAAGAUUGAACGAACACUAAUAUGCUGCUGAAUCAGGAUGGUUAAAUGUAGGUAUUUAUUUUCUUUAAAAACUAAAACUGUAUACUGUUGACUGUAUACUAAUGUGAAUAAUGGUCACAUUGACUGAUAAGUAAUAUUAAUACAUGGAUAAAUGUUUAAUUAAUUUAAUGUUAUUGAUAGCACAACUGAAAGUGAACAAGCAGAGGAUGUCUCACACUCUUGUAAAGCAAUAUUUUGUGGUGAGAUCUUUCCAAUAGCACGGCUAUUAUUUGCAUCUUAUAGUGGGCAGGUUGUAGGCAAAAUUAUACCGAUUGUUGGUGGAAUAUUUCCAUGGUUAUUUAUAUAAACAUUUGAUCUGACUUGCCACAUUCUUGAGUUUAACUUAAUAAAGUAAAAUAAUGUAAUAAAGAUAUCACUUACACCUUAACUUGAUGCAUUCUAAAUGCAUUUUCGUUCUUUAUCAAGGUGACUGAUUUAGGACUGUGUUGUCAGCUGUUUUGUAUAUCCUCUACAGACCGCAAAAGGCAACUUUGCAGGGUUAUGGUUUCAUUCCUCGUCAUUUCUGCAAAGACCCCUAGGUUGGCUUCACUGCAGUCUUUGC